AAUAAUAAGCAUAUUUUAAAUUAAUGUGCUAAUUUUUGUGCGGGUACCAUAUUAUGUAACCUUGGUACCUGAUGCUAAACAUUUGGUAACCUGGUCCGCUCGUUUAGAUAUAUGACUCAUCCAUCAGUGUUCUUCAAAACAUGAAAGAUGAUAUAUCACUUUUCGAAUACUGUGACAAAAUAGUGUGUUAGUGUGUUUGUUACUCCUACCGUGUGAGCGAGAAAGUAGGACUAGUGCUUGGUGUCAUCCAAAUAACACACUUUCCUAAAAAGUAACGUAAACAUUAAAAAUUGAAGCUCUUUUAACAAGUAUUGACAAGUUCUGAGGAAUGGACCAUAUCGUAGGUUAUAUGUUAUCAAAUCACGGAAUACGUCACACUGUUUCCUGCAUGCUAAACAACCGGCGCCAAUACUUCCUUUUGGCAGACUAUCUUCACGCGUUUAACACGUUUGGACAAACUGUCGCCAAAAAUAAUUAAAAUGUGCUGCGACAAGAAAUGCCAGAGAAAAUGCAACCUGUUUUACGUGGUUCUAUUGAUGAUAAUUGGCAUUGGUCAGGUAGCGUAUGGAAUGUACUACUUAUUCUACAUAUAUAAGACCAGUAAAAACAUCACAUUGGGCUACCCUUAUAUUGUGGAACCAUCACUAUCCAUAGUACUUGUAGGCAUAGUACUCUUCUCGAUUACCACACUGGGCUGUUGUGGUUUUGUUGAGGAAGUUACCUGCUGCAUUAGCGUGUAUUCAAUCGUGCUAUUAAUACUGGGCAUGCUGCAGCUCCUGUUGACGAACUUCAUAUUAUUUGUUAUCGAUGAUUACAGUGCCAUUGACAAUACGAUAUCACAAGAUUUUAAGGAUAGCUUCAGGUGGGCAUCGUAUUAUAGGAACCCGACUUUUGUUGACGAUGUACAGCAUGUGGUUGGUUGCUGUGGGUUGAACUCCCCAGCAGAUUGGAAAAACUUCAAACUGCCAACUUCAUGCUGUAGUGUUUCUGAUGUUUCCUGCACCAUCAACUCAAUAUAUCUUUACACAGCUGGAUGCGCCCCGAAAUUUACAAACUUCAUAAUGUACCAUAACAAGGCGAUAGCCUACAUUUCGGGUUUCUUGGGCAGCUUUGAGUUUCUAGCCGCCAUUGCAGGCAUGAGGCUAGCCUGCUCCUACAGUAAGAAACGAGCAAAUUACGAGAUUUAGCAUCAUCUGGAGGAAAACGAGCACUCUAUGGAUCGACGCUUCUCACGUAUGAACGUUGUAUAUUCAACAUACGUAUAUUUGCUUCGAUAAAUAAAACUUGUACCAGAAAACAAAAUAGCAUUCCAAAUGUAAGAACAAUCGAUUAUUAAAUGUUGCAUAAUUCACGGUACGGUAUUAUUUCCUGAGUGAGAUA